AUGGCUUCGGACGAAAUUAUCUGGCAGAUUAUCAACCAGCAGUUCUGCGCAUUCAAGUUAAAAACGGAGAAGAACCAAAACUUCUGCCGCAAUGAGUACAACGUUACUGGGCUGUGCAAUCGCCAGUCGUGCCCCCUCGCCAACUCUCGCUACGCAACUGUCCGCCAGCACCCUACCAAGCAGACGUUGUACCUCUACAUCAAGACGGUGGAGCGUGCCCACCUGCCGUCCAAGAUGUGGGAGAAGAUCAAGCUAUCCAACAACUACAAUAAGGCGCUCGAGCAGAUUGACGAGAAGCUCAUCUACUGGCCCAAGUUCAUGCUGCACAAGUGCAAGCAGCGCCUGACCCGCCUGACGCAAGUGAACAUCCGCAUGCGACGCAUAGCCGCCGAGGAGGACCGUCUGGGGGAGAAGCUCGUGCCCAAGCUAGCGCCCAAGAUCAGGCACCGUGAGCGCGCCAGAGAGCGCAAGGCCGAGGCGGCUGCCAAGCUGGAGAAGACGAUUGAGAGAGAGCUUCUGGAGCGUCUGAGGCAGGGUGCAUAUGGCGAUCAGCCGCUCAACGUCAGCGAGGACAUCUGGAAGAAGGUUCUCAACGCCAUGGAGCGUGAUGGCGAGGGUCUGAGGGACGAGGACAUGGACGACGGUGAAGAGGAGGAGGAGCUCAACAGUGAAGAAGAGGACGACCUCGAGAAGGAGGUCCAGUACGUCUCUGACAUUGACGAGAGCGAGGAAGAGCUCGAGGACCUCCAGGACUGGCUCGAGAGCGAAGCGGAGGAGGAGGAAGACGACGAGAGCGACGAGUCCGAGACUGAGAAGUCCAAGGCUGGCCUCAAGCGAAAGCGUGGCCGCGCGAUCAAGAUGAAGAACAAGAAGCCCCGACAGGAGCAGCAGAAGGUUGCUUUGACCAACGAACUCGAAUGGUAA